AUGGACGGGGCCAGACCAUCCCGUCCCGACCGGCCGUAUCAGCGCACAUACAAGGCAUGCAUCCCUUGUCGGCAACGCAAGGCAAAGUGCGAUCUGGGAACGGGUCCGGACGGCUUACCGAUCGGCCCACCAUGCGCGCGAUGUCGCAGAGAGAUGAGAGAGUGUGUUUUCCCCGAGAAACGGGCCUGGGAGAGGUCCCGCAAACGCGGACGAUCCCUCGAGGACAAUGAGACCGGUAUAUCGCCGGGCGAGGAACAGUUUCAAGGUGCUGUUGUCUCCCCGGACAAUGCUAAAAGGCAGUUUACGCAAGGCCAUCAGUCUGUCCAGUACCCGCAGGACUCGACGAGUCCAUUUCAACAGGGAUGGGCCUUUGCGCGACCCAAUCCAUCCCCACACAAUGAUCAUAGUUCUCAGAUCGGCAUUAGUCCCCAACCGAUGGCAGAUGCCAGUUUGCAUGCACAAACUUCGCCGGCUCAUGCAUAUCAAGAAAAUCGGCAUCGGUCUAGCUCCACGCUUGCAAGCUCGAUGAUGCGGACGGUCGUCGCGAGUGGUAAUGAUGCUUUGAAUAUUCUGUUUGAAGCGGCAACUGCUGGCCAAGAGGACAAUGCACCAAGUGAUGAGAGUCCUCCUCGUGGAGCUGGAUCGAAAUCGGGUGGUUCUAAUGGUCAUCAACGAGCGACACCAAAGAACUUUGACAGCCCAGCUGCUUUUGAGAAUGUUUCACGGGUAAAACGUCCUGUCGAAAUUUCCGAGGUGGCAUCCGAAACUCUACAGAUAUGGGAGGCAUGUCGCUUUGUCAAGAUGGGAUGGUUUACUGCGAGGGAAGCGGUUACCUUUAUUGACCUGUUCUACAAAAACAUGUCCUGUCUAUCACCCAUAUUGACAGACUUCUACGCCAACCACCAGAAUCACCUCACACUGAUCACCCGAGAGCCCGUACUAUGUUCAACGAUUCUCAUGAUUUCUUCUCGCUAUCACGUUCUUCCCGGUGCAGGUGGGGAGUCGAGAAACUUUUUCAUCCAUCAUCGACUCUGGCAACACUGCCAGCAGCUGACAAUGCGGCUCAUUUUCGGGCAAGAAAAGUCUACAAAAUCUAAGAUUAGGAGUCUUGGAACGGUGGAAGCCCUCUUGCUCAUGGCUGAAUGGCAUCCUCGCUCCCUACACUUUCCUCCUGAAACCGAUGGCUGGGAUGAUGAUCUGAUCUCUGUAGACCCUAAACCUAUCGACCCUUCUGAGUCUAAAGAUACAUCGGCAAACCGAUGGAUUGAGGACAUGAUCGAGCCAUCGAGGCGGUCCGAUCAGAUGUCCUGGAUGCUGCUUGGAUGCGCGCUCUCUCUAGCCCACGAGUUGGGUAUCUUUGAGACGGAGGAAAUCGACGCCCCCGGUGAUGACCAACAAUGGAGAGAACAAAUCAAACUUCGGCGACAGCGAGUUCAAAGACUCCUCUACGUCUACAUAAACCAACUCGCUUGGCGGAUUGGCUGCAUGUCCCCAAUCCCUCAAUCACUCAACCACGCAGUCCUCGGUGGACGCAAGCCUCGCGGGCUAAGUCAGCCUGGGAGCACCUGGUUGAUAUUCAUGGAUUCUUGGAUCGAACUCACCAAGCUAGCUCAAUCCGUCACGGAUAUGUUCUUCCCUUCUGCCAAGUUUGCCCGUCAGCAACUCCACAGUGGUCGUUACGUCGGGCUCCUCGAGCACUUCCGGCCUCUACUCAAUCAGUGGAAGGACAAGUAUCUGCAGCCACACAACCUCGACACGGCAUUCUACAACGAUCUCUUCAUCGAAUACCAUUUCGUCCGCGUCUACACCCAUUCAGUCGGAAUGCAAGCCGUCGUUGAGCGCGCAGUAGCAGACGCCGAUCUCAACAACCUCGACGACGUCCGACCAAUGACCAUCGACCCAACCGACUAUGAAUACAUCCAAGAAGUAAUCGACGGCUGCUGCCAGAUCCUCCAAAAAGUCACACACCUCGCAGAAGUAGGCGCACUACGAUUCUCGCCCGUCCGCAUCGUCCUCCGCAUUACCAGCGCCUCGAUUUUCUUAAUGAAAGCACUCAGCCUGGGUACCCGACAAGCCACUCUCCGAGAGUCACUCGAAGUGCUCGAGCGAAGCAUCAGUGCUCUCAAGUCCAAUGCACUCGACGAUGUCCAUCUAAGCACUCGCUAUGCCACCCUCCUAGAUAUGCAUGUCUCACGCCUGCGACGAAAUCUCCUCGCUUCCUCCAAGGCUAUGAAAAACAAUACCAACAACACUAUCAACAACAGCCGAUCCGCUACCCGUCGAUCAUCCAUGGGUCCGCCGCCCUGGCCAGAAAAUAACGACCGCUCCAAUACGCUCAAUACUCCCGUGUCUCAGGAGUUAACGUCUGAUUUGGGAUACAUCCCUUCUUUGAAUGAUAUGGCGGAUGACUGGCUCUCAUUACCAUUUGAUCCUUCCAUGGCGCCUUUUGGAAUGAGUAAUAAUGGUCAGUUCCCGAUGUAUGAAGGUGGUGGGUUAGAUUUCAUUUGGAAUCUUCCAUCAUAG